CGCCCCGCCCCGCCCCGCCCCGAGGCACCCUCGGGUCCUAUUUUGUCUGCUGGGGCGGAGGCCCUGCGGAGAGCAGAGUUUUGCUGCCUGGCUCCGGGAGCGCCGGUCGGCUACGUCUGGGACCGCUGCCGCUCUAGACCCGAUCUUCAGUUUGCCCAACGGCUUGCGUUCCAGCUGGCGUGUGUGGAAAGGUUGGAAAAACACCUGGGAGGAAUCUUCUUUGGACUGUCCUGGAAGGUGUGAUCAGAAGUGUGCUCACAAAUGAGAAAUUUAUUUUGCCUGCUUGGAAGACAUGUUAUCCAGCCUGAACGAGUGGCUAUGGCAGGAGAAGUUCUGGUUACCACCUAACAGCACAUGGGCCCAGCUGGAGGACCGUGAUGGUCUGGUCUUUGCACACCCUCGGCAUAUGCUUGCUGCCCUGCCCCUGGCACUGGUCCUGGUAGCCGUGCGCAUUGCCUUUGAGAGAUUUGUGGCCUUGCCCCUGAGCCAGUGGAUGGGUUUGCGUGAUCCUAUUAAGAGGCAGGUGAAGCCCAACCCCACACUGGAGAAACACUUUCUCCAGAUAGGGAGGAGACCCAAGGAGCCUCAGAUGGCCCUUCUGGCUGCCCAGUGUGGCCUUACACUGAGGCAGACUGAACGCUGGUUCCGAAGACGAAGGAACCAGGAUCGGCCCUCCCUCUCUAAGAAGUUCUGUGAAGCCAGCUGGAGGUUUGUCUUCUAUCUGUGUUCCUUCAUUGGUGGCAUCUCUAUCCUGUACCAUGAGCCAUGGUUGUGGAACCUGGAAUUGUGCUGGGACAAUUACCCACAUCAGAUACUGAAUCCAGCCCUGUAUUGGUGGUAUCUCUUGGAGCUGAGUUUCUACAUUUCACUGCUAAUCACGCUGCCCUUUGAUGUCAAACGCAAGGACUUCAAGGAGCAGGUGGCACAUCACUUCGUGACUGUUGGGUUGAUGAGCUUCUCCUACAGCUCCAACCUGCUGCGUAUUGGUGCUCUGGUACUGCUGUUACAUGACUGCUCUGACUACCUUCUGGAGGCCUGUAAAAUGUUCAACUACACACACUUUCGGCGAAUGUGCGACUUUCUCUUCAUCACCUUCUCCUUAGUCUUCUUCUACACCCGCCUGAUACUCCUUCCUACCCAGGUCAUCUACUCCACGAUGUUUGACUCCAUCAAGAACUCAAGCCCCUUCUUUGGCUACUACUACUUCAACACAUUACUGGUGGUGCUGCAGCUGUUGCAUGUGUACUGGUUCUGCCUUAUCCUGCGCAUGCUGUACACUUUCCUGAGGAAGGGUCAGAUGGCAAAGGACAUUCGCAGUGAUGUGGAGGAAACUGACUCAGGCGACAAUGAGGCAGCACCAGAAAGGCCACAGCUGAAGAACGGGGUGGCUCUAAGGCUUGGUGCAGUUGCCACUGAUGGCCCUCGGAACCGGGCAGCUGUGUACCUGGUGAAUGGGCAUGCCCAGGCCACAUAGCCAGAUGAGGACUGGCUGUGAGGGGAUGCCCCCAGUGCUGCCAUGGAUAUCCAUGGGUGUCUGGGCUGUUGACCCCUGAGCCAGCUUUGUGGAGACAGGGAGGCCCCAUCCUAGAAUGGGCAGAGGGUUGGUGAUCUGUCUCUAGCCUUUCUCUGCUCAUCCUUCUUCAUACCCCAUCCCUCUGGGCAUCUGGGCAGAGCCUAGAGAGCAGCAGGACUCUGCAGCUGACCAGAAAGAAGAGCUCUGGCUUAGAGGUUCAGAGAAACUAAAAAAAGACAGCAGAAUUUUCUACCUGAAAGCAUGGAUCUUUACGAUAAUGCCUCCUUCCCCAGAUAUCUGUAAAGAACCAGGAUACAUUUACUUAUACACCCCACUGACUGAUACUACCACCCCAACAGUACCAAGGUGUGGAUAUCUGUCCCCCACCCAAGUCAUCUCCUUAGGCAAGUCACUUCCUUUUGCUGCAUAACAGCCCUGAACCAGAGGCUGGCAGAACUUGCGUACAGGAAAGAAGUUAUUAGGUUCAGAAAGGGUAAUUCCUUUGAGGUCACAGAGUAGUAAAGGUCCAAGCUUGAGAGGGAGAAGAGAAGCCCAUGCCUGUUCCUGUUGCCCUUGCUCAAAGCCACCUGCAACCCAUGCUUGGGAGCCCUUUAGGCUCUUGAGACAGUGAAAAAAAAAAAAAAGCAAAAGACCCAGCUUCCCCAAAA